GUUUUCUCAGAAAGAGGCCCGGGUCAGUUCUUGUAUCUGCUUUUCCCCUCCCACAUCCAGAGUGCUGGCCUCAGCUUGUGGGACUGCUUAGAUACCAGCCGCAGGGCAGCCUGAAGGGUCUGGAGCGACCUGACUGACGGAGACCCACCUGCCCUCUUGCCCUGGAUUCUCCCUGGAAGGUCUGUUUCUCCUCUCAUGCCAGUGUAACUCAGGAGGGAUUCCAGUGAGGUCCAGGCUGGGACGCCAGCAGCACAGUGAGAGUGUUACCAAACCUCGCUGACCGCCACCAGGCACCAUGAUGACGAGCAGCGGUCCCUCAGACAGGUAUAAAGCUGUCUGGCUGAUAUUCUUCACACUCGGCCUGGGGACGCUGCUGCCAUGGAAUUUCUUCAUGACAGCCACCAGGUAUUUCACCAACCGCCUUGGGGAACCCCAGAACAUUUCCUCCCUGGAGCCCCUCGCUGGGCUGAACAGCACGGACAAGGGCCAGGAGCUUCCCCCCACCCACCUGCAGGCCAGGUUCAACAAUUUCAUGACGCUCUGUGCCAUGCUACCCCUGCUCAUCUUCACCUGCCUCAACUCCUUCCUCCACCAGAGGGUCCCCCAGAAAGUCCGUAUCCUGGGCAGCCUGGUUGCCAUCCUGCUGGUCUUCAUGAUGACAGCUGCCUUGGUAAAGAUCCCCCUGGAGCCCCUCCCCUUCUUCGUCAUCACCAUGGUCAAGAUCAUCCUCAUCAAUUCCUUUGGUGCCAUCCUCCAGGGCAGCCUCUUUGGAUUGGCAGGGCUGCUGCCUGUCAGCUACACAGCCCCUAUCAUGAGCGGGCAGGGCAUGGCAGGGACCUUCGCAGCUCUGGCCAUGAUCUGCGCUAUCGCCAGCGGCUCAUUGCUGGAAGACAGCGCAUUCGGCUACUUCAUCACAGCCUGCGUGGUGAUCCUGCUGGCCAUCGGCUCCUACAUCCUGCUGCCCCGCCUGGACUUCUUCCGUUACCACCUGAUGAAGGACAAGACCGAGUAUCGGGUCCAUGAGGGGCAUGCUGAGCUGGAGACUAGAAUCGACCUGAUCAAGAAAGGCGAGCCCAAUGGGGUGGAACAGAGGUACCCGAACAACACAGCCCCCCAAGUUUCCAGCCAGAAGCCCUCUGUCUUCAGCAUCUUUAAGAAGAUCUGGGUCAUGGCUCUGUCUGUCUGCUUUGUCUUUACUGUCACCAUUGGGGUCUUCCCGGCAGUCACCGCCGAGGUGAAGUCCACGAUUGCAGGAAGCAGCAAGUGGGAGAUGUACUUCAUCCCUGUCUCCUGUUUCCUGAUGUUUAAUAUCUUCGACUGGCUGGGACGGAGCCUCACAGCUGUCUGCUUGUGGCCUGGGAAAGACAGCCGACUCCUGCCCAUCAUGGUGGCUGCCCGUAUGGUCUUCAUCCCCCUCUUCAUGCUAUGCAACGUGCAGCCCCGCAGCCACAUGCCUGUUUUCUUCCACCACGACGCCUGGUACAUCAGCUUCAUCAUCCUCUUCUCCAUCUCCAACGGCUACCUGGCCAGCCUCUGCAUGUGCUUCGGGCCCAAAAAGGUGCUCGCCCAUGAAGCCGAGACAGCUGGAGCCAUCAUGGCCUUUUUCCUCUCACUGGGCCUGGCGCUGGGAGCCGUGUUCUCCUUCCUCUUCCGGACGGUGAUCUAGCGGGGCGGCAGCAUGGACACUGAGGCCAUGCUUGGUUCAGCUUCUCAUCCCCCAGCCAGCACAUAGAGGCUACGGUGCCGUGGGGAACGUCUCCUGUGUACUGCUAUGAACUCUCACUGCUUUAACAGACCUUAUGCCCUCUGACCUGGGGAGCAACCUCCACCUGCCCUGAGGAUGGCUUGGGGCUCCCAUUGCUGGGCCACUUUGCCCUACCCCCAGCUUGUGUGAUGGCUCCAGGACCUGUGUGCCCACUAUACUGUGUGUGACCCCUGGAUCCCUUGCACACACAGAUCUCCCCCUGCCCCGUGUCGUGUGACUCCCUCCCCACACACAGAUGCCAGGAUCCUGCCUCAAAUUCAUAUCACACCCGCCAAGUCUGGGGUCCUUAGCUCAAAAGAAAAGAGAGUGCCUGGGGCACUGCCCCUCUUGGGGGCUGCUUGUGACUGGCUCUCCCCAUCCCGCCCUCCUCUCAAGGGGUCCCUGGAGCGUUCACCCUUGUCCAGUGUCUCUCCCCCUCCCCUAGCAAGGGAAACGCCCCAUGCCUGGCUGAGUGAAAGGGAGUCCUGCAGACUGCACUCCCUCCCGCUCCGCCCUAUAUACGUGUGUGCCCCCCCAUCUCUAUGGCUGCUGAGCCUCUCAGACAUUCAUGGCUUUAUUCCUCCCCCUCCCUCCUGGGAGCUAGGGAAGGGUCAUGACCCCAUACUCCAGAUGGGGAACUGGGGCAGGGCUGCAGAUAGAGCCCAGGUGUCUUGAGUGCCAGUCAGAUGCCUUAAUUACUGCACUGCCUUCCUCUCCUCCUGCCCUGGCCUUUCCCCUGCUCCUGCCCUCCCUCCAGGUGACACUGACCCCAGCUGCUUGCACUGCCCCAGACUUUGAUCUUCCCCAGCAGGAGGCACUGGCGGAGUGGAGCAGGGAUGCUGGCUGGGGGCGGGGCGCAUAGAGUGAGAAGGCCAGUGGAGGACAGCACUGCCACGAGCCACCCCAUGCUCCGUGAGGCCUUGCCGGGCUGGGUGCUCCUUGGCGCGAGUGGGGGCCCGGCCCGUUUGUCUCUGUAAAUGUAGCUGUACAGUUGCCUUUUUCUAUACAAAGAGUGAACAUGC